ACGGGUUUAUUUCUCUACUUGCCAAAAUCUGGGAGUUUUAACAAACAACAGACUGACCAAAAGAGCUAAAAUUGAAGAAAAAAGAAAAAGAAGAUUGAAGAUUAUGGUUGGCGCCUCUAGUUCAUGGCUGCUAUCAUCCAACCCACAGCGCUACUCACUUGCUUUCAUUCACUUCACUUUCCUUCAAAACCACCAUUGAUAGUUCCACUGCAUACUUGCUUAUUUAAACCAAAGCAGCAGCACCACCACCAGCCUCGCUUCUCCGUUUCCACUGCUCAGUCUCUCCUAUCUUCAAACCCUACUCUCUCUAGUCACCGAAACAUUGAACCCCUUUUCGGUCUACACUCUAAAUACGACACUUUUAUUGACAUUGACAUUGACCAUUUACUCAAUUUGCUUCGAAUUUCUGUCAGAUACACUGAUUUUGACCUUGCACGAGCUCUACAUGCUUCGAUUCUCAAGCUUGGAGAAGAUACCCACCUGGGUAAUGCCUUAGUUGUAGCUUACCUCAAGCUGGGCCUUGUUCUUGAUGCUUAUGAGGUUUUUAAGGGUCUUUGUAACCCUGAUGUUGUGUCUUAUAGUUCCUUGAUUUCGAGUUUUGCUAAGGGAAAUCAAGAAAUGAAAGCCAUUGAGCUUUUCUUUAGAAUGAGGAGUUCAGGUGUUGAGCCUAAUGAGUAUAGUUAUGUUGCUAUUUUAACUGCUUGUAUUAGGAUUUUAAAUUUGGAGUUGGGUUUUCAAGUUCAUGCUUUGUUAAUCAAGUUGAGUUACUUAGAAUGUGUCUUUAUCACGAAUGCUAUGAUGAGUUUGUAUGGUAAGUCUGGGAGUUUGGAUUAUGUCCUUCAACUGUUUGUUGAGAUGCCUCAAAGAGAUAUUGCUACGUGGAAUACUGUGAUAUCGAGCUUGGUGAAUGAGUUGUCUUAUGAGAAAGCUUUAGAGUUAUUUCGGAAUUUCUAUCGAACAACUAGUCUUAGAGCUGAUCAAUUCACUCUAUCAACAGUGCUAACUGCUUGUGCUGGGUGCUAUGCUUUAAUGGGAGGAAGAGAGGUUCAUGCACAUGCCAUUAGGAUUGGGUUAGAGGACAGUUUGAGUACUAACAAUGCUAUUCUCAAAUUAUACACCAAGUGUGGAAGUCUAAAAGAUGUGAUGUCUGUGUGUGAGAGGAUGCCAGUAAGAGAUGUGAUUACUUGGACACAAAUGAUAGCAGCAUAUAUGGAAUUUGGAUUGGUUGACUUGGCUGUGGAGGUAUUUGAGAAGAUGCCAGAGAGGAAUUCUGUUUCUUACAAUGCUCUUUUGGCUGGAUUCUGUAACAAUGGUGAAGGGUUAAAGGCACUGGAUUUAUUUAUUAAGAUGGUCCAAGAGGGGGCAGAAUUAAGUGAGUUCACUUUGACUAGUGUCAUUACUGCUUGUGGAAUACUAAGGACUCUUGAAAUUAGCAGACAAAUUCAUGGAUUUAUCAUGAAGUUUGGUUUUGGAUCAAAUGCUUGCAUUGAAACAGCUUUGCUUGAUAUGUACACAAGGUGUGGAAGGAUGAACGAUGCUGAUAAAAUGUUUCGCAGUUGGCCAUCUGAUAGGGAUAGCUUAGUGAUUCAAACAUCAAUGCUAUGUGGCUAUGCUCGAAAUGGUAUGCCAAAUGAGGCAGUUUCCCUGUUCCAGCUAAGCCUCUCAGAAGGGACAAUGGUAGUUGAUGAAGUUGCUUUGACUUCAGUACUCGGUGUCUGUGGGACUUUAGGUUCUCAGGAAAUGGGGGAGCAAAUCCACUGUCAUGCUCUUAAAACCGGGUUCCUAGCUGACUUAGGAGUGGGAAAUUCCAUAAUAAGCAUGUAUUCAAAGUGUUGCAACAUGAAUAAGGCAAUUAAAUCUUUCAACGACAUGCUAGCACAUGAUGUUGUUUCAUGGAAUUGUUUGAUUGCCGGCCAUCUCCUUCACAGGCAAGGAGAUGAGGCCUUGGCUGUCUGGUCAAGGAUGGAGAAGGCAGGUGUAAAACCUGAUUCAGUCACUUUUGUAUUAAUCAUUUCAGCUUACAGUCAUACUAGGUCAGAUCUAGUUGAAGACUGUCGUGAUUUGUUUUUCUCUAUGAAAAACAUUUAUGAAGUUGAGCCCACUUCAGAGCAUUAUGCCUCCUUUGUCAGUGUUUUGGGAUACUGGGGUCAACUUGAAGAAGCAGAGGAUAUGAUCAUUAAGAUGCCUUUUAAUCCUGAGGCUUCUGUUUGGCGAGCUUUGCUUGAUAGUUGCAGACUCCAUUUGAAUACAAGCAUUGGAAAACGAGCUGUGAAGCAUAUACUCGCCAUGGAGCCGCAGGAUCCUUCCACAUAUGCACUCGUAUCAAAUCUGUAUUCUGCUUCUGGGCGGUGGCAUUGCUCAGAGAUUGCCAGAGCCAAUAUGAGAAAGAGGGGGCUUCGGAAGCACCCCUGUCGAAGUUGGGUCAUUCAUCAGAAGGAGGUCCAUUCAUUUUAUGUAAGAGACAAAGCUCAUCCAUGUGCAAAAGACAUCUAUAGUGGAUUAGACAUUCUGAUCAAGGAAUGCCUGAAGGCUGGGUAUGAGCCUGACACGAGCUUCGUACUUCAUGAAGUAGAGGAGCAUCAAAAGAAGGAUUUCUUAUUCUAUCAUAGUGCAAAACUUGCAGCAACCUAUGGACUUCUAAAGACUAGACCAGGAGAACCCGUUCACAUCGUGAAGAACAUCCUUCUAUGUGGGGAUUGCCACACAUUCUUAAAAUAUGUUUCGGCUGUCACCAAACGAGAGAUAAUCGUGAGAGAUACUUCCGGAUUUCAUUGUUUCUCAAACGGUCAUUGCUCGUGUAAAGAUUACUGGCGAUGAUUCCUUGCUAGCUAAACAGAGUCCCAUAAUCAUGGAAGGUAGAAAACAUUGAACAAUUGUUAUUUUCAUUUCUAUCCUUUUCAUGUUUCGGUGAUAGAGUGCAUAGCAUACAAGCAUAUACAUAUGUAGUUCCUCAAAUGUUAGCGAAUUUUAGGAUUUCUGUAAUUUCUUCAAAGUUGGUAUAAUGCAAAUGAUUCAUAAGAUUUUCCUUCU